AUGUCGACCUGGGCUUCGUUCAAGGGAUUUGGUGGGAAACUCGAUUCAACCGUUUUGAAUUUUGGGGUGAAUUCUGACGGCAAGGUGGACGCAAAGGCUGCGAUCCUUGCUCUCACUCAGUGGCUUCAUGGCUGUCGAUCAAGUCCAACAGACUACGGAAUCCCCGCAGACAAAGUCCACGAUGUCGUCAAGGUCCUGGACAAAUUCUUUCCAGAGCCUGACAAGGACCAGCUCAUACUGCCACUGCGUCUAAGUACUGACACAGGAUCUCUCGGCUCGCCACGCAGAAUGGUGCCUGUCGAGGUGAAAUUUGGUCCGAAGAACAGCACGAUUCCCAUUGCAGAUGCACCGAAUGCAUUGGCAUAUUUGUUCAGCGUAGCCACGCCCGCUGUGAGCAGUCCGACAUUUGACAGUUACUAUCUACCACUGACUGUCUGCUUUUCUUGGUUCAUCUACCUUGCCUUUCUGAUCCCCAUUACGUCAGCAACAACGACAAUCACAAAUGUCCCGGUCGAAGUGGGCGUGAUCUAUAUGCCCUCACCAUCCGCGAACCCAUUGUUUUGCCUGGGCAGCAAAUGGUCGGGUGCCGAUCCUGCGGAUGGACAUGGUGCUGGCCUCGUUGAAAGUAAUGAACUAGCAUUCGACAGAUGGUUACUCGAAGAGUACACCAAACCUGCGCUGGCUCGCAACCCAAGCUCGCAUCUACCCCGGUGGCCACCACGAGUCCGAACAAAGGCAGCGAGGCGUCUAAACGAGUACAUACUAGGGAAUCCAGACGCAGACCCGACUACAACUCCGUUCCUCGUUCCACUAAUCUCGAAUCUCCCCCUACCUACUGGAAACGUGGGAUUGACCGAGUUCCUCCAAGGCCUCUGCGCAGCCAUCAUCAUCGAGACGAAGCAGGCCGGCCUCCUCGUGCCGCCGGACGAUCUGAUCUCUGAUCCAAGACUGGCCCCAAAACUCAUGGACCUGCUUUACGCCGUGUUCGAUGCCUCUGGAGACUUAUCAAACCCGACCACACUACUACAAUCUGUCUCUGCGCUUCUAGAAUUCUAUUUAACACCACAUAUCUUCAACCCGAUCUCAGGAAAAGAACUACCCCUUGGCUCAUCACAAGCAAUAGUGACCGCACUUUCCAAAUCACUUCCAUUCGCCUUGCUUCCCGUCAUGGUCAAGAAGCUUCAAAGCCUGCAUGCACAUCUACGACACUUGUAUGAGAGCGACGACAACCACGUCAGAUAUAUCGCAACCGCAAUUUUCUGGAUAUACACGGAGGAGAUGUAUGGACGAGGCUGGGAAGCAUUUCCCGUCCAUGCUCUAUC